AUGUUGAAAAGAGCUUCCAUUUCGAGUUAUGUGCUGAUAUUAUUAUCGUUUUCUACUCGAAUAUUUGGUGAACCAAGACAAGACCACAUAUUAAGAGCCUAUAAUAAUAGACCGGGUGAAAGUCAAAUCAUUCAAAUACAACCAGACAAGAGAGAUUCUCCGUUUCCCCUAACUCAAGUCAAUCCAAAUCUUUAUCAAUAUCAAAUUUAUAAUCAAGAUGCUACUCGCAUCGAUUUUCCCGACCAAGAUGAGACCGAUGUUUUUCGAAAAAAUCUAAACGAUGAACAGCAACAGAAUAUACCGAUACAACAAUAUCAAGCACAAAUUCCGAAUUCUACUCCGCAGUCUCCAAUAGUUUCUACACCUCCUCCGCAAACAUCACAAAUUAUUCAACAGCAAAGUUUCCCUCAAGACCAAGCUAUUUAUGGUGUUUUGAUACCGCAUCAGCCUAAUCAACAAUCAGCGAUACCAAAUGCAGAAAUAAAGCAAGCUGAAGUGAAACCUCCGAAAAAGCCAGAAAGUCCAAUAUCUACCCAAGAAUCAAUAGCCGUACCUCAGUCACCAACAGAUAUAGAAAGUGGAAACAUACCAGGAGGUACAAGAUUUAUAAAUGGAUUGCCCUUACUUCCUCCCAUUUAUGGUAUUAAUAACGGAAUAUUUGGAAAACUUAGUUUGCCAUUUCCUAAUAUUCCUGUUUAUGGCAUUUCUCAAUAUGGAAACACUCCUCAAAAAAUAUCAACUCUUGGAGGCGGACAAGUAAGUUCUAUUGGAACAGGACAAACACCGCAAUCAGGAGAAAUAUCGUCACAGACACCAAGUAAUAAUGGAUACUUGCAACACAACAGCAGCAAUUACCACAAAACCAGCAGCAAUUACAACAGAACCAGCAGCAACAGCAGCAAUUACAACAACAGAACCAGCAGCCAGCAGCAACAGCAGCAAAUACAACAACAGCAACAGCAGCAAAUACAACAACAGCAACAAUUUCAACAACAGUCAUUUCCGUUUGAAAAUGGGAAUAGACAACAAAUAUCUUCCACACAAAAUAAGAUUCCUUUAAGACAACCUCAAAAGAAUGCAAAUGACGGAUCAUCAAAUCUUAACAUUCGGUUAAACGAAGGAAGAGAAAAACAGAGUUCAGUAGCAGAUUUAGGAAGAGCACAGACUGUUUUCUUUGAUGAUGAAAGAGGAACAAAACAACUUAAUCCAUCUCAAUAUCAAUAUAACACACGAAUCCCACUUGAAUCACCUCAAUCAAACAAUCAACAAGUCCAACAACCAAUUCAAAAUUAUGCAAAUAAUAAUUACAAUCAAGCAUCAGUUCCUCCUAGAAAUACUGGAGCUCCUGUUGGUGUAAUUAUACCUAUAAAACCUAUAGAUUCAUCAUCCCAGCAGCAGGGAUCUAAACAGUUGACCAAAUUAUCUACUAAUGAUCAAUCUAAUUCUCCCACAAUUUAUCAAAAUCCUAGAGCCGCAGUUGAGUCUUUUAAUGAACCACAACAACAGUCAGGUAUACAAAAACACAGAAUACGAAAUGAACAAGAAGUCUACCCACUUAUUCCACAACAUUCACCUGAAUAUCUUGGUUUAUCAGAAACAGCUGAUGAUGAAAUCUCUAGAAGACCAAGAAUUGAAGUAAAUAAUUCACCGCCACCACCUCCAACCACAACUACAACAACCACAACCACAACAAUAGCUCCCUUACCAGAAGAAAAUUCAUCACCCGAACAAUACAAUAAUCACCAAUCCAAUUAUGAACCUUAUGAUGAAAAUGAAGACGAAGAAGUUCCACCAAAUCUUUUUUCUAAAGAAGAUAGUUUUGGUAGCCGACUUUCUAAGUCGCAACAAAUUCCCGCAGUUCAGCAAACAACUUUAAUAGAAACCAAACCAUCUGCUCUUCAAUCACAUUCAUUGAGCAUUCAAGAAAGUAGUCCAAUAGGACCACUUGCCAUUGCUUCAAGUACUGCAAGUCCUAACCGCAUCGGAACUAAUAAUUUCCAACCUCCUGUUUCAGGAAUUAACGUAGCUGCUUCGGGCACGCAACAGUUCGCUCAACCAGGAAUUAACUUAGCCCAUUCCGCGAUAAAUCUUCCCAAUCAAAAUUCUGGAACACAACUGUCUCGAUCAUCAAAUUUGCCACAACCAGGAAUUAAUUUAGGUCAUCCUCAGCAUAAUUAUAAUAUUCAAACUCCUAAUGUAGGAUAUGAAAAUAUAAAUAAGAAACCACUUCAAAGAAUACCUGACUAUAUCAAUCAAGGUGCGAAUUUAAAUCCAAAUGUCGAUACUAAUAACCGAUAUGAAGGACUUACUCCACAUACAGGACAACAAACUGAAUAUUCUACAAAUCAGGAACAAAAAUCACCGGAAACUACAACUCCAAAGCGUCAAAGAAAUCGCAGAAGAAAGAAUCGUCAAAGAUCCAAUAGAAAUAAAGCAAAUGUCGAAAAAGCAACCUCGAACACUCAGCAAGAAGAAAUUAAACCAACAAGUUCAGAUUAUAGUGGAAUACAACAGCAGCAGCAUCCACAACAACAGCAACAUCCACAACAACAGCAGCAGCAGCAACAUCCACAACAACAGCGGCAGCAGCAGCAGCAACAACAACAGUUUAGUGGAUUACAGCAAACACAAUAUGGAUCCGUUUCGCCACAGCAAAAUUCGUAUUUUAACCAAAAUCAACGAAUUUUUAAUCAGCAGUCUCCUGUUUCUAAUAAUGCAAAUGCUCCCUCUGAAAAUAACUAUCCAAUUCAGUCUUUUCAACAACAAGCAAAUCCACAGCUAAACACACCUCCUCAACAAUCUCAGUUGCCAUAUCCUCAAGGAAUUAAUAACGGAAAUCAAUAUUUUUCAAAUAAUGCACGCCAACAACCAAAUCAAAACUAUUCUCCAGUAGUUCCAAAUUUAGUAACUUAUCCAGAAAUCACAACUAAGCCGUCUCUUCCUUACAGAAACGAUCCUGCAUCUGGAGUAGUUAAACCAGCGGAAACUUUUAAUGCUGCUCCGCAAACAGUACCAGGCUACCCGCAAAAAGCAUUACAACAAAAUCCUCCAUUAAAUUAUAAUCCAACAAAUUUACAGCGUCCUUCAAAUUUCAGAAACGAUAACUCUCCUCAACCUCUUAACUAUCCUGCAACAUACAACAUUCCUACCAAUGAUCAAUCCUUCAGGCCGAAUAAUCAACCUAUUUUGAAUAAUGGUCCUCAGCAAUAUAAUCAAGAACCUAUUUCACAACAAUAUAGAUCGAAUGUGCCGCAACAAACGACUAAUUAUAGACAAGGCAACGCUGCUAAAACAGCUACAAACUAUGAAAAGGAUAAUACUGAAGUAAGUAAAGAUCCUUCCAAACAGCCACUCGAAAUUUCCAGUUCAGUAGAUGUAACUACAAUAGCUCCAGCUGACCAUGAGACUACAACAGUUCGCUCGACUAGAACGAGAUUUGGUCAAAGGAGGAGAGGACGUGGCCGAAGUAGGUCAAGAUCGCAGAAAAGCAGAUCAAGAAACGCAGUUCAAGAACAGAAAUCAGAAAAACAGGCUGAAGAAGAGAAAGUAGAAAGUCAGACACAACCGCCUCCUAAACAGCAGAGCUUUGCAUCUCAAAGUCCCCAAAACACUCCCGUAAAACAAAAUUAUCCUCAACAAAAUAAUCAACAAUAUAAUUCUCGGCCAAAUCCACAAAUUCAGCAACUACAGAAUCCUCAAACUCAAACUUAUUCUCCACAGAAUAACCAACAAAUACCCCAAAUACCAAAUUAUCAGCAAAAUAAUCAACAAAUUCCACAAAUACCAAAUUAUCAACAACAGAAUACAGAAUAUCCCCCACAAUACACACAAAACACAAGAUUACCCCAAUACAAUACGGCUCAACCUUCAAUUCCCCAGCAGCCUCAAAUAGGAUCCAAUUAUCCUCAACAACCUCAAGUAGGCUCUAAUUAUCCUCAACAACCUCAAAUAGGCUCUAAUUAUCCUCAACAACCUCAAAUCGGAUCCAACUAUCCUCAGCAACCUCAAAUAGGCUCUAACUAUCCUCAGCAACCUCCGAUAGGAUCUAAUUAUCCUCAACAACCUCAAGUAGGUUCUAAUCUACCUGGAACUGCGCCAACACAAAAUUUCCAGGGAGGUUUCAUCCAACAGCAACCGAUUCAACAAACUGGUUAUCCAAACACACAGCAACCAUUAGCUCCUAAUGGAAAUGCCAAUCAAUAUCCCUAUUAUCAAACAGACAACUCUGCUCCCGCCUUCCAGAAACGUGCAGAUAACGAAGAAGUCGAUGAAUACGAUGACGAAGUAGAGGAUGGAGAUCACGAAGAUUGAUAUUUUACAAUAUCCAGCAUUAUUAUCAUCAUGUACAAUAUUAUGUGACGUGUUUGUCUGUUCCUGUAAACGUCAUUGAUCUCGUUCGAUGUGAUGUAUACGUCCAAAGAUUUUUGUCGAGUUGUAUAUUAAUCGAUGUUAUACAUAUUUUAUUGUUUAUCAUUUAAUCUUUUAAUAUCGAAUUGUCGAGUGUCAAAGCCAAGAAAAUGUAUUUUAACCAAAAAGAGAAUUUAACUGUAAUUAAUAUUUUUUACUGAAAUAAAACAU